AUGGUGCUGGCAAAAUCUAAAAACUCGGUGGGGCUCGGCCAGAGCCUCAUGAACGAUCGCUUUGGUAAAGGAAAGGCCUCUAACAUGAAGAAGUCGUCUCAUAAUGCUGGAAUUGCACGCAAAGAUAUGAAUGGCGAAACUUACAUCACGAACUCCGCCAAAGAGGCUUCUUGGGUUAAGAUGCGCAGUAUCACGGAACAAGCGGCGCUAGACGAGUUUUUGACCACCGCCGAGCUGGCUGGCACCGAUUUCACGGCUGAGAAGAUGAACAACGUUCAAAUCAUCCAUACGGACCAGAAGAACCCCUACUUGCUCUCGGCCGCGGAAGAGAAAUCAGCCCUACGAAAACACAAGAAAAACAAAGGCCGCCUAACGGUUCCGCGUCGCCCGGCGUGGGAUGCGUCGACCACUCGGAACGAGCUUGAUGCUAUGGAGCGUGAGAGUUUCAUGGACUGGCGACGGGGUUUGGCGGAACUACAGGAGAACAACGAUCUCUUGAUGACGCCGUUCGAACGGAAUCUCGAGGUUUGGCGUCAGCUGUGGCGAGUGAUUGAACGAUCCGAUAUUGUUGUGCAGAUUGUUGAUGCCCGAAACCCUCUUCUCUUCCGCUCAGAGGAUCUCGAAACCUACGUCAAGGAAAUCGACCCCAAGAAGCGAAACCUACUACUAGUCAACAAGGCUGAUAUGUUGACUGACAAACAGCGCGAAAUGUGGGCCGACUACUUUGAGCGCAACCAGAUUGAAUUCCGUUUCUUUUCCGCACAGAUGGCUAAAGAGGCUAAUGAAGCCCGCGAGAAUGAAGGCGAGGAUGAAGAUACCAAGUCGCUGACAGAAGGUACGGAGAAUUUGAAUCUACAGGAGUCCAAGGAGAAGGAAGCCGACGGAGGCGUCGAUCUUCCCAGCGGCACAAAAGCCCCUUCUCCCAAGCGAACCAACAUACUAGAUGUGGAUGAGCUUGAGGAACUUUUCCUUUCAAACGCGCCAGAUGCAACAAAAGACGAUGAAGAUGAACAAGAUGGUGAUUCCAAACCUAGAAAGACAGUCAUUGGUCUAGUCGGAUAUCCCAACGUCGGAAAAUCUAGCACAAUCAACGCCCUGCUUGGUGCAAAAAAGGUCUCCGUUUCGUCCACUCCGGGUAAAACGAAGCACUUUCAAACCCUCUACCUCUCACCCGAAAUCAUGCUCUGCGAUUGUCCCGGUUUAGUCUUCCCCAAUUUCGCCUCCACCAAAGCCGAGCUCGUCGUCAACGGCGUCCUCCCCAUCGACCAGCAACGCGAGUUCACCGGCCCAGCCGGCCUCGUCGCCAAGCGCAUUCCCAAACACUUCCUCGAGGACGUGUACGGCGUUACCAUCCAUACUCGCCCGAUCGAGGAAGGUGGCACGGGUGAGCCAACCGCCCACGACCUUCUCCGCGCCUACGCCCGCGCCCGCGGCUUCGCUACAACAGGACAAGGUCAACCCGAUGAAUCCCGCGCAGCCCGUUACAUAUUAAAGGAUUAUGUCAAUGGCAAACUUCUUUUCUGCCACCCGCCUCCUGCCAAUGAAGCAGAGGGCGAAGAACAAAUCGAUCCUGCUGAAUUCAAUAAAGACCUCUACGACUGGGCACACCUACCACCCCGCCGGCAGGCAAUGCUCGCAGCCACUCAAGCCUCUGCGUCUUCCUCAUCCAAAAACCCUGUGCAAGGCCGUAAAUCCCAAUCGGUUGACAAAGGAUUCUUCGGUCCUGGUUCGUCGUCCUCGGGUGGACGAUUGACGAUGCCUUUUAACGCCAAGUACACAGAGCAGGGCCAGCAGAUUCGGAAGCCGCUAACUGGGCGUAAGGAGCGUGUUAUGAUUGCGUUAGAGCGCGGCGUUGAUGUCUCUGAGGUUCGGGGACCUUCAAAGAAACACUUCAAGGUCAAGCAUAAAAAUCAGAAGAAGGGCAAGAAGACGGCGGCAGAUGAUGACUAUUGAAUGAUUGAGCUCGCUGGCGAGUGGUGAUGACAUAAAAGCAUUUCACUCAUUCCUUUAUUUUUUCUUUGGAUUUCCUCUAUAUGUCGACUAUGAUGACGGCGGGUUUAGAUGGCGUCUGGUUAUACCUGAUUAUCUUUCUUGAACGGAAUAUUUCAAGUACCUCCAUUUAUACAUACCACUUACGAUAUACUAGUCCUGA